AUCAAGUGUGUCGACUCGUUGAAGAGUCGAACAUCACGCUUAAAAGACGGACAGACGGAGCUAGGCGCUGCAAAGGAAAACACAAACCCAGACCGGAUCAUGAGCGCUCCAAGAUCGCGACACGAACCAGCGGCCUCCGCUGUUACCGGGCCGGACUCCUCCGGUGAUAGGAAGCCGGGUGGAGGCGCGUUGAAGCGGCUCAAACCCCGACGGAGUCAGGCGGACCGGCGGCCCGCUACCGAGGAGGAGCUGCGCGGUCUGGGGAGAGCCAUCACACCGGAGGAAGUGCUGGGGCUUCGGGCAGUCACUCGGGAUUAUCUGUGUAAGCCCGAGGACAAUGUGUACAACAUUGAUUUCACACGCUUCAAAAUCAGAGACUUGGAGACAAGCACAGUGCUGUUCGAGAUCGCCAAGCCUCCACACUGUGAUUUGGACGAGGAAGAUGAGGAAAAUGUAGAUGUGGACACAAGCGCUGGACGUUUUGUUCGAUAUCAGUUCACUCCAGCAUUUCUAAAACUGCGCACAGUUGGAGCAACUGUCGAGUUUACUGUAGGCGAUCGGCCUGUGAACAAUUUCCGGAUGAUUGAAAGACACUACUUUAAGGACCGCCUUCUGAAGAACUUCGACUUUGAUUUUGGUUUCUGCAUCCCAAACAGCCGCAACACCUGUGAGCACAUCUAUGAGUUCCCACAGCUCCCAGAAGACCUCAUUCGUCAGAUGGUGGAGCACCCAUAUGAGACGAGGUCAGACAGCUUCUACUUUGUGGAUAACAAACUCAUCAUGCACAACAAAGCAGAUUACGCUUACAAUGGAGGCCAAUGAUGCUACUGAAGAGUUCAGAGCGUACUUGUGAAUGUGUAUGAGCGAACGAGUGUGUGUGUGUGUAUGUGUGUGUGUGUACGGUAUAACAAUAGGACCACCCCUUCACUAUAAACAUGUCCAUCUUUCUCUCACACACUCCUGCUCAGUAACUGGACAGCGUAUCCCAACCUUUUUAUUCCACUCACUGCCUUCACUGCCGAAGACCGGAACCACUCGCCUCCUCCUGCUCCAUACACUUUGCUCAUAUUGAGGAAUUAUUUAUACCUCACACCCACCACUGUGUGGGACCCACAUUAGAAACAACUUUUCUAGCAGGUCAUCUCCUUCCAUCCUACAUUACGUUUGGCUUUAGCUGUGGAGUCAUGAACUUCUGUUACUUUUCAUAUGGGCAGUAGAGAAUGAACAGCUCAAAUUAGCAUCAAUGUUUUCUUUUCUCUGAUCAGAUCUGCUUGGUUUAGCGUGCCUUCUCUAAGCCCCACUCACUUAUGUGAAGCAUCAAUAACUACGGAAGAACAUAAGUGGGUGGAGUCUGGAGAGGUCAAGUAGUAUGGAAACGGUCUAAACAGAAUUGAGCUGACUGAUAGAUUUGUUCUUGCUCUAGACUUGAGCACAGGUGUGUGUUUUGGUAUAAUGUCAUCUUUCUUAUAUUUACUUCUCACUCUGCAUAUUUUUAAUGUUUAACCUUGUUUUAAGACACCUAUUCAGAGCUAAUGAAUGGUGUUAAUAAUCUGAUAUGUGAUAAGUUUUUAGAAGACAAAUAUCAACAGAGUUUAAUCGAUUUAUGCACUAAAUAUUACAUAUCAAGAAGUCAAAAAGUAAAGGAACUAAGUUUAGUUUCUUGGCGUUUAUCAUUAACCGUGUGAAAAUAAAAGGCUGUGUCUACACAGCAGAUUUCCACACCUCACACUGCUCCAAUUUCACAUGGCUAAUGCUAAGAAAACCAGGCCAUCAGACUGCAUUCUCCAGGCAUGGAGACUGUAGAGAUAAGAGCUGGGCUUAGAUUGCAUUUUCGAAGGUAUAUUUCAGGGUUUUCUUAGUCAAAUAAAGCACCUGACCAGUCAUUUGCAUUAUAUGUCAGUGAAUUUUGAGAAGUGUUCUUUAAGGCCAGGAACAUGUGUAUAAAUUACAGUUUGUUUAAAUAGACUUAACACUACAGAGAGAGUGCUUAUGGACUGGGGUGAAAUCUUUUAAAGCCUCAGGAAAAAGGGUUUCUUAAAACAUAAUUUGCCAAAAUACGCACCUCUGCACCCUUUAGCUAAGUAGCAGUAUUUUUCUAGUGCAAGCUAACAGCUAUCCUAGGUUUCAAAAUGCUAGCUAGCUUGCUAGGUAUAAAAUUUUGCAUAGUGCUAGCAUGCUAAUUUGAAGAUUUUUGAAGUUUUACCAAAAGCAGAUCAGAGAUUUUUUUUUUUCCAUUUUAUCCUCUCAGUGCUGUUGUGUAAAUGUUUGCAGACGUUUAGUGCUGGUUUUUAGGAGUUUUUCUGGUAUUUUCCAACCUCUCUCUGAGUACUUAUCUCAGGGAGCUUGGGCUCCAUCUGUGUUUGACGUUUGUGAGUGCCCUUAAUGUCAAAGACAUCUGUCGGUUUUUUUAUUUUCUGUGUUUUUUCCCUCACUUGUGCUGAUUUAGUGUCUAAUGCAGAAGUUUAGCUGCUCAGAACAUCCACAUUAUGCCCAGUUUACAAAAGCUAAAACAGACUAGCGUCAUGCACAGGGUAUCUUAGCAUGGUACCUUAGCAGGUGCUAUCCACCUUAAAUCUAGUCAGUUCCUCUAGUAUUUCUUACUCUUUCUAUACAUCUUAAGUCGAUUUAAUCAAGUUUGAUUAGAAGACCAUAUUGCUAAAUUCACAUGCAUAUCUAAACUAUCUCAUAAUGAGAAAUAAUAUAAAGUUAUUUAAACUUGAUAAAGAGGAUUUUACUUGACGGUCAAUUUCUGCAGUGUGGUGAGCUGCAAUGGCCACUGUUAUUGUCAAAAUGAUUCAUUUUAAAACAGAGGCGCAUGUAAACUGUUUUAGCGAGCUAAUUUCACUAGCAGUGCUUUUCCCCGGUUUGUUAUUCUGAGCUGUAGUUGUCUUUUGACUGUUAUCUAUUUACUCUUUAAAAGAAUGGCCUACGUUUUGGCUAAUGUUGCUAACGUUAAAUGGAACUAAGCAACCACUUAGCAUUAUUUUUUUUUGUGUCAUGUUAGCUGGCGGCUGCUUAUUUUUAAUGUUUUGUCAGCAGAAAUAGCUUUUUGACUGAAGCAAUCCCUUAAGAUACAGGUGUAAAUGCAUGCUAUUUUUAUUCCUUUUUUUGUGUGUGUUUUAGUGAGAGACCUUUUCCGUUGUUCUACAUGACACUAAAAUUUUAAUCGAAUGAAAUCAGGGGUGAAUCGUAGUUCACAGAUUUUUAAGAGAUGGUAGGGUGAGCAUUGCUUUGAACGUUUUUUUUUUUUUUUCUUUCGUUCACUCUUCUUAUAUUUUAUUUGAACAGUGCUUUUUGAAAACUGAAUCUGUUCUCUGUUGUUUCUGAAGUGUCCUUAAAACAAACAGGGUGUCCAGUCGGUCAUUCUUUGCUGUAGGGCUGUCGUACGUGAUGGACAAAAUUUUGCAUAUUUUUAACACGGUAUUGACUCAAUAGUGUGACCUGGUUUCAAAGUGGACUUCCAACAUUUUUUUCCACAUUUCUCUAUAUAGUUCAAUGUUUGAAAUGAACACAUGAAGAGUGGAUUAUGCUUCAACACAGAGGAACUUACUGACUUAGAAUUCUUUACAGUAGGGGUGAUAACCACAGCAGAACUCAAGCCUUUUUAUUUACUUUCUAAACCCAUCAGUUAACAACAAACUCUAAGGAAAGUCUGUUCACUCUGUUCAUCAAUGCAAAGCUGUCAGUUAGUUAUCUCUAGUUAUAUGAGACCAGCCUCCCAUUUCUUUGAACGGAGAAAGACCAAAAUACUGGAAACUACGUCAAAUUAGGUCAAAUUACGGUUUUAUGAACAAAUUUUAGGAGAAAAUAUGAUAAAACCCUCAUUAACCCUUUCAGACCCUGUAUCAAUUACAGUGGACAUCAUUUAGUUACCUUUUUCAAAUUCUGUUGUCCAUCAGAAUAGAUCAUAAAUCAGCCAAUGAAACAGUAGUUUAACCCCGCCCACUGCACUGGACAAAAAAAAAAAAAAAACACAAACAAAUCAGACAUUAGGGCAUGUUGGCACUACAAAACAAAUGAGACAAGCUCAUUUUUUGUGAUUUUGAACAUUUUGUUAUCAUGUUUAGUUAUUUGGAUUUGUUUUAAUAUAGAUUUUAUAUUAGGAAAGUAGUGUCUUAUUUUGUGUGCAUUACAGACAGACAACAGCAUUCAUAUAUUUAUCUGAAACAUCAUUCAUGUCUGAAAGGGUUAAUCCUUUGCAGGAUUGUAAUUGUUUUGGCACUCUCUCACUCUGUGAAUGUUAUUUUUACAUGAUUGCAAAUAUCAGUGUCAUCAUGAUACCUGUUCUAAAUACCACAACCCUGCAGCAAAGGUAAUAUACAGAGAAACUCAGGCCGAAUUUGUAGCUGUCAAAUAACAAUCAUAAUAAUCUUAACAGUAAUCCUAGGAGUAGUGCUGGCUGGACGGGAUUCGGUUCUUAGGGGACAAGAAAAAUUUCACACUUCUGCUCAGUGAUAAAACUCUUGCAUCCGGACUGCAAUUGAAAAAACAGGAGGACCAGUGAGUUUUUUUUUUUUUUUGGCUUGCUCAGUCACAUAAUAUCAUGUUCAGUAGCUCCUCCAUUUCCACUCACUGUUGUGUUUAUGUGGAUCUCUGUGGAAACGCAUGCUCAAUGUAAAUUUACGGUGCUUAGCAGUGGACAAAUAGCUAUUUUAUUAAAAACUCAAAACUGGCAAAACUCAGAGAUGUGGAUCUGGACAGGACUAAAAUCGCCAGUUCAGCGAAAAACUGUAGUUAAAUCAGCAUGUAAUUUUCUCAAAGGACGUCUGAGAAAAACACAGACAUGGUCGGUCUGGAUGGGAAUAAAAUCACAGAGGACCAACCCCUAAAAGAGAAAGUUACCCCAGGACCCCAUUAGAAACUAAUCCUGUCCGGAUAGGGGGACUUUGGGUAUUUUAUUAUCAUAUAUUUUUAACUGGUUUGCCAAAUUUCAGCUAAAUCUUGUUUAUAUCAGUUACCUGCUCACUACACUUCAUGCACAAGAUGAGCUCUAAAAACAGACCCAUCUUUACAUUAAAAUAGUCAUUUUGUCACUUAACUAAGUAAGAUUUCAUCUUUUUCAGGGACCCUCUCAGCUCCUCUCAUUGGUUACUCACUUUAAUAGCUUGGUUUCUAGGAUGGCAGCCCACAACCAAGUUGUUUGUCACUCUAUUUACAUAGAAAUGCGGUUUGUUAGUGUUGCCUGUUUCUUAUAAAUAAACUGGAAAAUGAGUGUUUUUUUUUUUAUAUAUGCUGAAGAACAUAUUUUUUUUUUCUGCCUUACAUUUUCUCAAUCUUUGUUGGUUUUUGUUUUGUUGUUUUGUCUUACUUUGUUGUUGGUGAUGAUUCCUGUAUCAGGACUUUAAAUAUCUAAAUCCUUACCAACCCCAGGAGCUAUUACUCACAAACUCCCAGCAGAUCAGAUCAUGAACGCAGUGUACGAUGACAAGGGCUCGCAGAUGUGGCGUUUCCGUUACAGGUUACUGAAGUUAUGAAUUCUUGUGGAAAAGCAGAUCCCGACUCAAUCCCAAUAUUGACCAGUUUAGUGUUUACCAGACACGCCCAAUCUGUCAGCUGAUUGUAUGCCCACAUGGAGGAAAAAUGCAAAUACAUGUUGCAGUGUAUGAAAAUGUCUUUAAUGUUUGUACCAAUUUUUAAAAUACAUUCACUGUUCUAUAUGUGAAGAAAAGUCAUGAUUUUUACAUUUGAAAAAUAUUUUGUCUUUGAGGUGCUUCACAUCUUAAAAAGAAAAUAAAAUUUAAAACAUUUAUAUUUGAGAGAGAAAAAAAAGAUGUUUAUCCUGAAAAAGGAGACACAGACUUUUAUAUUUUAAAAAAGUCUUGUCCUAAAAACCUCAACAUGUGAAAAUUGAAAAUUGUGAUUUGUAUAUAUGUUUUAAAUUUUAUGUUUAUCUCAUAGGAAUACAAAAAAAACUUUUAUAUUUUGGGGAAAAAUAUAAAAAAAAAGAAGUCAUAACUUUUACUUGAAAAAAAUGUUAUCUCAUGAAAAAAACAAAAGUCAUGACUGUUAUAUUAAAAAAAAGAAAGAUAAAAUAUAAGUCAUGAGUUUUAUGGUGUGGCAAAAAAACUGAGAACACUUAAAAAGUUAUAACUAUAUAAAAGAAAAAAAACACUAAACCCUGCCUGUGCAAGAUGACAAACAUUGUCUUACCUUCUUUGUACUGUUGGAAUGAAGUUAUGCCCAUAUUCUUCUUUAUUCAUAGUUUUAUCAAAAUUGUAUUAGCGAAGUUCACAUUAGAACUUCAGCUGUCAGUUGGAUUGACUUUUGUGUGAAUUCUGGUUAUUUCUUAAAAAAAGGGAAUAAAUAAAUAAAAUAAAACACAUUUCAUUACAAGCUG